GCGGGGGGGGGGGUUGUCCCGGUCCUUGGCUUCUCGACACGGUCCUGUUUCCACAGCGAACAUGUCUCGGCCUGUCAGAAAUAGGAAGGUCGUUGAUUAUUCACAGUUUCAGGAAUCUGAUGAUGCAGACGAAGAUUAUGGAAGAGAUUCGGGCCCUCCCACUAAGAAAAUUCGAUCAUCUCCUCGAGAAGCUAAACAUAAGAGGCGAUCUGGAAAGAACUCACAAGAAGAUAGUGAAGACUCAGAAGAAAAAGAUGUGAAGACCAAGAAGGAUGAUUCUCACUCGGCAGAAGACAGUGAAGAUGAAAAAGAUGAUCACAAAAAUGUGCGCCAGCAACGGCAGGCAGCAUCUAAAGCAGCAUCUAAACAGAGAGAGAUGCUCUUGGAGGAUGUGGGCAGUGAGGAAGAGCCAGAGGAAGAAGACGAGGCACCAUUCCAGGAAAAAGAUUCUGGCAGCGAUGAGGAUUUCCUAAUGGAAGAUGAUGAUGACAGUGACUAUGGAAGUUCAAAAAAGAAAAACAAAAAGAUGGUUAAGAAGUCCAAACCUGAGAGAAAAGAAAAGAAGAUGCCAAAACCCAGACUAAAGGCUACAGUGACGCCAAGUCCAGUAAAAGGCAAAGGAAAGGUGGGCCGCCCCACAGCUUCAAAGGUGUCAAAGGAAAAGACGCCUUCUCCCAAAGAAGAAGAAGAUGAGCCAGAGAGCCCUCCAGAAAAGAAGGCAUCUGCAAGUCCUCCACCUGAGAAGUCUGGAGAUGAAGGGUCUGAAGAUGAAGCCCAGUCUGGGGAAGAUUAAAAGUGAUGAUGGUUUGGGGAGAGAUUUUAUUAAAAAAAAAAAUUAAAAAAGCAAAAAAGAAGGGGAAAAUAGAAAGCUACAUAAGAUAGAACAUGGUAUUGGCUAUUGGCUAUGGCCUGACUCAUGGGCUUUCAGUGCUUGUUUCCACUUGUUGAAAAUAGUCUCUCUCUCUCUCUCUCUUGCUCUCUCUCUCUCUUUCACUCUCUCUCAGAAAACCAUUGUAUGUUGAAGUGUUUAAGUUACCAUUUUGUCUGUUUUUCUCUUCUCUUUGCCAACUCUUCCCCCCCCCAAUGAAAGCCAUGUCAAAUUAAUCACUGGAUUGAUGCUUCAUCUUUUUAUUUUUAAUGGAAGGUAUGCCACGACUGUAAAGCAAUAAGAUCUGAGAUGGACACUAUGGAAACUGCUUUUUGCUAAAGAAUAGCAAGUUGAACAGUAAUCAAAAAAUAACAGAUUUUAGUUAAAAAUGAUUGCUUUUUUCUUUUCCUGUACUUUUUAAAAACAAGUUGUUAUCUAACCUGAGUUUAUAUACAUAAAUGUCCAAAAAAAAAAAACAUGACUCUAAACUUGCACUGAUGAGGCAAGUAGGUAAACAUGAAUUCUGAAUUGUUACUGAAAGUACUCAUGUUGUUUCCUGUGGAGUAUGUGAGGAAUAGGGUUCCUGAGCUUGCAUGGGGAUCCGGGGUUUUUUUUAUUUUAUACCUAUUCUUAGACUCAGAGCCAGUGAUCCUGUUAUUCCGCUAUUGUCCUUAAUAAGCUUAAAAAAAACAGAGGUCGCCAAAACUGAAAUCACUCCCAAUUUCAUAUUUCAUUCUCCAAUGGUUUGUGUUUUUAGACUAUAUAUGUAUGCUGUUUUUUGGAUAAAAUUUUACCCAGAAUCAAAAAAUUAAAGAAAAUGAGAGAGAGAUGCCCUAGAAUUUAAAUGGCAAGAUAAAGCUACACAUCUGGAUUUCUUUCAUACUGACAAUGUUAAGGUUUUAACCAAAUAAAAUUCCAGCUAAUGUGAAGCUCAGUAACAAAGGAUUGAGGUUUUUUUUUUCUUUUCUGAAAACAGGAUUAAAAUUCUUUCAUGUUCUAGAUACACAUUCAGAUCCCACGAACCAUAUUCUUUAUUUGGAGGUAGAAUUGUUUUCUUUUUACCCCCCAAUCUUCCCACUUUUCACAGAAACAGUGUGAAGUGCAUAGCCCCACUUCCUACUGCUGUGUAGAACACGACUGCAAACCUACCCCAUGUCUACCAGCUCUACUCUAGGAAACGCUUUCCUGGCUCUAGGCUUUCCAGGAAGCUUGUCAAUGCGAGAUUCUCCCCUACUGUGGUGGUUGGUUUGUCUUAGUUCUUUGUAGUUGGUCUGGUUCUCCUCACUGCUCAAGUUUCUUAAAGCAAGAGCCUGAGAUGCAAAAGAACUAAAGAACUGCACAUUUAGGAUGAGCAUUGCCAUUGAUCACAGACCUUAAGAAAGCAUUCAAGAGAGGUUUGCUCUACAUGUGGAUAGCAUGAGCUAAUAGAAAAAGAGCUUAGGCAUCCUAGUAUGCUAAUAAGUUGAAAAUUUGGUGUAGAGGAAUUUAUGCAUUUGAGCUAAACCUGCUUCCUCAGUUUCCAACUUUUGUGGUUCCGUUUUUGUGUUAAGUGAUAACAUAUUUAUCUCAGAAGCUGUGGUUUUCUUGCAGAUGUUCCUAGGACAAAGGGUAACAGGAAUAUAUUUACUCUGGUUUUAAAAAGACACUGUAAAGAAUAUUCUUAACUCUGAUCUUAAUACAAAAACCACCUGUGGCAGUGUUAUUUCAUUGCUGCACUCUGUUAAUAAGUUGAGUUUUAUAACAUGGCCAAAAAAUGCAGGAUGUGAACAUAGUAGCAGCUGUCUCCCAUGAUGUAAAACUCCUGUCCGCGAGCUUUGUGGUGAGGUUGUUAACUUAGGGUUAUUCUGUUGGCUUAGCGGCUUUGCUCAGGUAUCCCUCUUCAGCUAAAGAGGCUAGUGUUCAUAGAGUAAGACACCCUUCAGUAUUUUCACUGGCCACCCCUCUUUUUUAGGGGGUUUAUAACUCAGAUUUACAUUCCUAGUAACAUUUGGUCUUUUCUUAGGUUAUGUUUCAUGAAGAUUUGGUGGGUGGGGUGGGGGUAGAUCCCUUGAAACAGUAGCCUCAAUUUUCUUAGUUUCUUUAAUACAUUAGUGUAUACCUAACAUCUCUGAUUUGUUUCAUCUGCCUAUACUUUAGAAGUAAUUGUGGCUUUUAGGUAACUUGUGCCCAUUUGAUUGGGCUUCUUGUUUGGCAUCCUUCUUAAGCCCAGUUCAUUAAAGUUGAAAAAACAUGCUCUUAUUUCCAGUAGGCCAGACAGAAGGAUCUAUGUCCUCAAGUGAGACAGGCUCUGAAUGACCUUUGUUUUCUUGGCUUCUUAUUGGUGGUUUAAAACACUCUGGUCUUCCCCUGAAAUCACACAUACAAACAGGAGGCCAGUUACUGGUGACUCAACUGGAAACAGGUGCUCAGCAGUUGGGCUUGAUAAUACAUCAGGAUGUGUUACCAGCUGUAAGCUGAUAGUGACUGGCCAUUGCCACUUCCCUUGGUUUAACGUCCUUUUUGUUUUUUCCUAGUGUGCCUAUCUAUGGUGAAGUGGCAAUAGCAGUCACUCUACUUUUGCAGUGCUCAGGAAAUGGGACAUUAACUUGAAGGUGCUUGUCUCCUGAAUCCUCUAAGCUAACUCAGCGAGGGUUAAAUGUCUACAGCAUAGUUUUCAGCAGCCAUGCUGAUUGACACUACGUUCUGUUUCUUAAGGCUCUUUUUCUUCCAGCCUCUCCCUCAGCAUGGUAGGAGCUUCUGCAUCACUCAGUGGCAGGUCGCUGCUGCUUUUAGCCCAUGUCACUCAGUUCAGACUGGGGGGAGUGGGCCCCAAGGAUAAAUUUUAAUCCCAAUAGUGACAGAUUUGCCUCCUUCCUAAAACACUUCUACUCCCCAUACCUCCCCUUCAUAUUUAUUUCAUAAAGGAAAACUAGUGAAUGGUUCUUCCUUUAGGGGGGUAGGGAGAGGAUAUCUUUUGUUUUGAGACAGGGUUUUAUGUGCCACAGCCUCGCCUUGAAUUUGUUAUGUAGCCAAGUUGGCCUUGAACUCUUGAUCCUCCUGCUACCGCCUCCCAAGUGCUGGGAUUGCAGGUGUGAGAAAAUCUUUCUGAUCUUCAAGAAAGGUAAUGGAGUUCUCUUAAAGCUCUGAUAGUGCCCCACCACCACCACCACCAAAUAAACAAAACAACAAAAAAACACUUGUUUGCCCAUUUGAUCUUCAAUACUUACUCUUGGUACUGGUUCAAAUAACAUUUUCAUAGAGAUAACAUCAGGAGAAAUUUGAGGUUACAACUUUUGUUUUUGUUUUAACUUUUUUUCAAGGUAGGGUCUCACUCUAGCCCUCGCUGACCUGAAACUUGCUCUGUAGUCCCAGGAUUGCCUUGAACUCACAGCGAUCCUCCUACCUCUGCCUCCUGAGUGCUGGGAUUUAAAAGUGUGUGCCACCACGCCCAGCAGUAAGAAUUUUGAUACUUGUGGAUAUGAUGAACUAAACUAAACUUGACUUUUUUAAACUAUUUAGCCCCAGCUGGGAAAUCCUCUGCCUCCACUUUCAUAGUGCUGGUAUUAGUGCCACCAUGACCCGCUGAUGCUUUUUUAAAAUACUUACGUCCACGAAUGUUCAAGUAACAAGUUGGAUUUUUAAGUACAGGUUGGGUCAGGGAGUAGUUUAGGUACUGCUGGGGGAGUUAGAAAGGCAGGAGCAGAAUUUAGUACCAGGGGCACAGAGAACACUUCUGAAGAGCGUGGCCACCAUUGCCGGGUGAGUGCUGUCCAUGUGCAUCAGCGGUGGCUUUGCUGGGACUUUGGAGGAGGAAGGUGCCUGCGCUCUGCUCCCUGUGCUUAGACUGAGGAGGCAAAUGGAAGCACUACAUCUUCCUGCCAGAGGGUAGGGAAGGUGAAAAGGCUGGUUUGCUCUUUAGUAGAAUGCUGUUUUUUCUGUGGAAGAAGCAGUUUGCUUAACUGUGGAGAGAAGUUCGUCGUUUUAACUUGGGAUGUCAAGCUGGCAGUAAGCCGAGUUUCAGUCUCCUUUUCCCUUUGAGUUGGAUAAACUCAAUACAUAAUUCUUUUUGAGUAUCAAAUUCAUAAUUUACACUCUAGUUCAAAGCCUAAUUCACACAAUUCACAGUGGUGCUGAUUGUAAUAACCACUAUUGGGGAAGAAUCCCAUAUACCUACCUGUUGCCAUGCCAAUGGGAUAUCUGAUCUGGUGACAUCUGAGCAUGCUCUGUGGCUGUAGAACACCACUGUUGUGCAGACACUUUGUAUAUCAGGGGUGAGGGAGGGUUUUCUAGAUUAUGGGGGGGAGGGUAAAUUGGGAUUUUUUUUUUUUUUUGGCUCCUUUUUUGGUGGGGUGUGGAGGUAUAGUAAUCAGCUUAUGCCCUAAAAUACAAUAAUAUGUACAAAGACCCCUGAAGUGUUGUGUGGGUAUGGGUGUGUGCGAGUGUGUGUUUGUAUAUGUCUGGCAAUUAAACUUUGUCUUCUGGAAAUUAGUGAAUUUUUUUUUCUCUCCAGAAGUAUUUGUUUCAAGAUUUGUAAAUAAGAGCUCUACUUAGUCUGUUUACCUUGAACGUGUUGCGGCAAACCUUACACUUAAUUCCCACAAGACUUAAGACUCGCCAGGUUAGGCAGCAGCCAAGUUCUCAAUCCUUCGCCUUGACUCACCUGUUACACUUCCUUUGUCAGCUCAACACUCCCCGUCUUCCUUGAUUUCAGUCCAUGCUCUCUGAUGUUCCGAGCAGGAAGGGUAAAGGAAGAGCCUGCUUCACUAUUUUAGUCUACCGGAUGGGACAUCCCUGUCUCCAAGCUGCAGAAAUCAGACACCACAGAGGGUUGGGCGUUCUUGCAAUACCUUAACAGUGCUGAAGUCUGCAGCGUGCUAAGGAAGUUAAGUUUGAAUGUAACCAUUUUAUUUAAAAAGGUUUUCUUUUUCUUUAACUUAAAUGAUAUGGGGAUGAAGUGAACAUGAUUUUGUCAACCAUGUUCGUAAAUUACAGAUGCAAUAUGCAUUGGUAGAAUCGUGAUGGUCUUUUGACACUUAAUUUUUACAUAUCCCAGUCAGUCUCUUGUGUGUCUCAUAGGAAAAACAAAAACAAAACCUCCUGCUUUGCUUCUAUUGAAGGACUUCCAGGACUGCGUAUCUGCCCCUGAGCUUGGUUUUAAGUAUAUGUACCCUUUGCUUGUAUUUUGUAUUAAAGAAUAAGGAAAAGAAACCCUUAUUGUUGAGCAUGUUGGCAUUGUCCCCUUUAUUUUUUUCUCUUUAGGGGACAUAAGAAGCAAGUUAUUCUUUUUCUGUAUCUUUUUUCCUUUUGUAAACUUUUUGUUUUGUUUAAAAAUGGCUUUAUAAAAGGGCUUUUAUAACCCA